AGGACGCUGCGGGCCCCAAGCCCGGCCACGUAUAAAGGCCAGGGGGAGCUUUCUGGACGGCAGAGGAUCCAGCACCACCGACUCGGGAACAGCGCACUCGCCAUGGCCAAGUUCACGGUGAGCUCGGAGAUGAUGAUGGCGCUGAUAGCGCUCGCCGCCAUGGUGUCCGCGGCGACCGCGGGCCCCGCCUUCCCCGGGCCCCCCGUCUCCUUCGACAUCCCCAUCACCACCCAGGCCACCCCCAACGGACAGGUCUCCGGCGAUCAGCAGCAGCAGGUCGCCGACGUCGUGGCCUCGUCGGACGCCGAGCCCUCCGUCCAGGACACCGUCGUCACCGCGGAGGAGGCUCCCGGCGCUGGCCUCUCCGCCGUGGCCUCCGAGGGCGAGGGCGAGCUGCUGGGCGGGUCUGAGAGCCGCUACCGCCACCACGGCUACGGCGGCGGCUGGGGACGUGGCUACGGCGGUUGGGGCGGCUACGGCGGCGGCUACGGCGGCUGGGGCGGCUACGGCCGCGGCUACGGCUGGGGAGGACGCGGCUACGGUGGCGGCUGGGGCGGCUACGGCGGCUGGGGCGGCUAUGGCUACGGCGGCGGCUGGGGCGGUUACCGCCGUGGUUGGGGAGGCUGGGGCGGCUGGUACUAGGACCAGUCACAGACUCAACUACCAUCCCCUACUUUGAACCCGAGUAUGCUCACCGCGCCCAGGACAACGUUCUGCGUUUUGUGACGCUUGAGUCGACGUGGCUCCGAGAUCGAGAGAUGAUUAACUUUGAUUUGACUGUCACAAGACGUGAAAUAAAUUUUCUUCCUUUCCUGUCCAAAA